ACCAAUGAGACGAACGCGCGCACACACACACAAACACACACAUGCCAUUGCCUUGUCAGCUAACCCCCUCUAGUGCUGAGCAUCCUGCACAGAUGCGCGCAGUCCCCCAGCAUCGCCUCCUCUGUUGCUGCUGUUCCGCUGCAUCCCAAUCAUUCCUCUGCUCACCUUUCCACCGCCUCUCUGCAGCUGCGGACCGAGCUGGAGCUGCGACCGGAGCUGGCUGUCCGCGGCGCGCUGCCGUGCCAAAACAUACUCUGCCUCCAGUCUGUCACGACUCUGCGCGCUUUGAACGGAGCUUUUUUUUUUUUUGGUUGCCGUUUCGAAACACUGAAGAGGGGAUGAAGUCGAAGUCCGUAUAGAAUCUACAAAGUUUUUAUUGACCAAGUGUUGUUUUUUUCAACCUUCUCAGAAGAUCUGAGUUCACUUUAAAUAUUUCCGGGACUUUAUCCAAACGCGCUCCAUUAAGCGGCGGAGCUGCGGCAGCCGCCAGGUGAAGAGGAUGAACCACCUCCUGUUCCGCCGCGCGGCCAUUCGCUCCACACGGGAUCAAUUAUAAGGCGCCAGAACCGGUGGAUCUAAAGGAACCGGAACCCUUCGUCUCCGCCGGUGAAGCCGCUGGUAAAUGCUGCCGCCACCAUGAGUUUUGGAAACAGAUUCUUCGCUUCACUCUUUCUUGGAAUUACGAUCAGUCGUUUCAGCCGCUGCAAUCAAGUCGUGUUGCUGGAUACAACGUCUGUACUUGGAGAGCUGGGAUGGAAGACGUAUCCAAUAAAUGGGUGGGACGCCAUUACCGAGAUGGACGAGCACAAUCGACCCAUCCAUACUUUCCAGGUUUGCAAUGUGAUGGAACCCAACCAGAACAACUGGCUACGCUCCAACUGGAUUUCUCGACAGGCAGCUCAAAAGAUCUAUGUGGAGCUCCGCUUCACCUUGCGAGAUUGCAACUCCAUCCCAUGGGUGUCCGGCACCUGCAAGGAGACCUUCAACCUCUUCUACCAUGAGAUGGACGAAGCUCAUGGAGUCAAAUUCAAGCCCAGUCAGUACACCAAGAUUGACACCAUUGCUGCAGACGAGAGCUUCACCCAGAUGGAUCUGGGAGAUCGCAUUCUCAAACUGAACACAGAGGUGCGGGAGGUGGGACCCAUGACCAAAAAGGGGUUUUACCUGGCUUUCCAGGACAUUGGUGCCUGCAUUGCAUUGGUUUCCGUGAGGGUUUACUACAAGAAGUGCCCGUUUACGUUGAUGAACUUGGCCUCGUUUCCAGACACAGUCCCACGUGUCGACUCUUCCUCGUUGGUAGAGGUGAGAGGAGCAUGCAUCGAUCAUGCUGAAGAAAGAGACACACCCAAACUAUUUUGUGGAGCGGAUGGAGACUGGUUGGUUCCUCUGGGAAGAUGUGUUUGCAGUAUCGGGUAUGAGGAGAUUGAUGGAUCAUGUGUGGGUAAGUUUUUAAAUUUAUAUAUAAUUUUCUCAAGUUUUCUGUGGUAGAUCAACAUGCACAAAUGGACUAUAAUUUUCAAAUUGCGCAGAAUUACAGAGAGUCUCGGACUGUCUUAUCAAAAACCUAAAAUGCUGAGGCAUACCAGAGUUUGUCCAUAUAUUUAUAUGCAUUUAAACUUCCACAUUUACCUAAGAUGUGGUAUUUUCCCUUCAUAUUGACAACUUUUAAACUUGAUUUAGUUUUUUUAUAGAGUUAACAGCCUAACCCUUUGGGUAGCAUUAUUUCUUUUAAUCAAUGCUGUCUGAAGACAAAGUUAAAUUGGACACUUAGGUGAGCCGAAUAUGCUACUUUACACAUGUGUAUCCUGUUUUAUGUUUGUCCCUUUCUUGUGGAUACAUACAUUGACUUAACAUACAUUUAUUUGCUCUAAAUUACAUCAAGCAGAAGUCAAAUUUUAUGAAGGAAAGGUUUGGAUAGUACUACCUGUGCUGUAGUUUCCGGCUUCACAUUAUGUCUUUGUGGCCAAAGUACAUGGGACUAUUCAGUGUCCUAUAACCACAGCGUUGGAGAAAUCACCUAAAGAGGA